AUGGACUGUUACGACCAUGAAAAAGACCAAGAAAGAGAAAAACGGACUGCGAACACUGAAUAUUUGCCAACAAAAUGCCGAAUUACGAAACCUACCCCACCCAAGCCUGCUACCAAUCCAUUGCAAUUCAUAAAAGUAGCGCCAUGUCCCCUGUUUCAAAAAGCUCACGAACAAAUAAAAAAAGUCGAGGAAAUCAAAAAAGAAGAAAAAGAAAUGAGGGUGGAAGUCGCAGAUUGGCAACAGAACCUCGACAACUGGAAAAGUAGUAGAAGGAAACGACAGGAACAUAUAAUAGAAAGAGUAGUAGAAGUGAAAAAAUUGACUGAACAAGAAGAAAUGGAGAAAACUAGACGGAAGAGUAAAACAUUUAGCGAAAUGAUGGAGGAAAGGAGUCGAGGUAGACAUAAAUUCAAUAUACCUAUAUACGACGACGAUUCGAAUGACCUCAGCGAUUAUGGUAUUGGAAGUAGUAGUUCCAAGACUAAUAGCAUUAAAGAUGUUGAUACUGAUGAUAGUAGCAGCAUUCUGGAUGAAAAAGACAAUCACUCCUUUGAUUCAUCUAGUAAUAGGGAAAACUCCAGUGCAUCAAACCAAAGUCAAAGCGAGGAUGAAACGAACAUAAUCAGAGAAGAACCCAAAACUGUAAAUAAUAACAAUUGUACAAAAACAUUUACCAGUAAUUACACCACUAGUUUAAGUACCAGUAAAAGAAAGCCAGAAAUUUUAUCCAAACCGACGUCUUUUUUCAAAACCGAAUUAUACACAGAGCCUGAAGAAACAAAACAAUACACAUAUGAAGGAGCCAUCCAAGAUUACAGAUCAAGAAUUCAGACCAUAAACUCGGAUGACUCUAAUAGGAACAGAAAUAAAGACAUUGCAGAAGUUUUGCCUAAAGGCGAAAUAUUCAAAAGGAAAGACUAUUUCGAAAACAAAACCGUUGAUCUCGGCAACAUGGAAUCGUCGACGUCUAGAAGAUUGUCAGAGGAUUUCGUCAAUACCCGAAGCAUCAAAGAUAGGCUAAGAAGCCUAGAGCAGUCCAGUGAUCAAACUUCCAAAAUAAUGAAUAAAAGUGAUAUACAAAUAUCGGUGAAAGAGCGUUUACAAAACUUCAAUAAGCAGAACGACUCUGAUAGUACAAACAACAAUGUGAGAAAGGCCAAUCCGAACAAAAUAAGCAGCUUCAUUCUCGACAAAUCGGUCAGCACUCCCAACUUCGAAACGAAAACACCUAAAAAUGAUAUCGCCGAUAGAUGCUUCAGCCCAGAGACCGAGCUCUACUUCAACAAACUCAACAUGUUCAACAGAGACUUGGACAAUUUACUAAUCAACAAAAACGUAGAUGCCACUUACGCGCCCUCAGUGUGUUCAACUGAAGCCACUGGCGUUUCUUCAGAUAGAGAAGACAGCGGCAUUCACACCACGGAUGUAUCUUGUUCUGUCAGUCAGGCUGACGAACCUAUUGAUACCAUUGUCGACAACAAGCGGCUCGAAGACGAUUCCCUUUCCCAAUUCGAGAAAGAUCUGUUGCAGUUCCAAGAGGAAAUGAACCAGUUCCAAGUGGUCGAGAAGGUUGAAUGCAACAAUAAUGGCAGUGCCGAAGAAUUAGCAAAGCCGAUUUGGUCUACUGACAUGCUUGUUGAUGCCACUGAAAAGCUACUGGAUUCCUUGAGGAAGGACUCCUCCGAUUGCCUUUCAGCUAUGCGUGAUGUGGUUCCAGCUGCUGCUAAAGAAAAUGAAGUCGUACCAGACCCUUUACCUGUAACUAUACCAAAGCCUGUAAUAUACGAAAACGUCGACUUCAAGGACUUCAUCACCAGCGACUAUAUCUUGGAUUCUUCUUUUCCCUCGUUUGUACCCACGAGGGAACCCCCCAAGGUCAAACCUCCCCCGCCUCCUCCGCCGAAGGAAGAAGAGCUGCAGGAGCCUGAUCCGGUGAAGAGAGUCAAUUCCACGAGGAGGAUUAAGAAGGAGAUCCACAUUAAACGGUCUAGCUUUCUCGGUCUAGACGAACCUGCCGAAGAGCCGAAAAUCUCUUUGGAGAAGCCACCGGAAUUGAGCAGUUUUUUCCCGAAGGAGAAGGUCGUCUAUCAGAAGAGUCUCGGGGGGCCUCUCAGCAAGGUUGAGAGUCAAGAUUCGGGGUUGGAUAUCGAUAGGGGGAGGUUGUCGAGCGACACCUGGUGCAGCAGCAGCGUUGGGGAUUCUAGCGUGCCCAGUCACGAACGGCAAACUAGCGAGCAAACGAACAGUAUUACAUCUGAAGAAGACGAAAUAACGAAAAAGGAAAGAGAAAUUAUCGAGUUGGUAGAGAAAGAAGAGCAUUUUCGAGAUACCAGUGAACCAAUCAAUACGAUUCCUACCAACAAAUUAUACGAAACUAGCAGAGAUCCACCAUUUGAACCAACAUUAGGUAGUGAACAGUUUACUAAACCAUUUUUUCUUGAGCAUACACCCCAGUUCCUAGAAGAGGACUCGGAAGUGCUCCGCGUCGAACAGGAACUGCGGCAGCUGGAAAUCGAGGAACUGGAAAGGAAACGGGACAACGUCCUGUUCCACGAGAGCAGAGCCAAGGCCCAAUUCCUCCCUAACAGGCACUCGCUGGAGAACAUCUAUGACAAGAUGUACCGCUGCUAUAACUACGAGGGCGCCGUCGAUUGUCGCAAGUCGAUGCCGGAAUUGGUCCAGAAGGUCCAGAAUCCACAGAUGCUCAACUGUCUCUACGAGAAUGUGCCGUCUGUUCGUAGGAGAGGCGAGUCGGCCCGUUUGGGGAUACCUUUCGAGCAUCGGAAGUCGAUGCCCGACUUGCAACACGUGUUCCAGCAGGCUCCUUCCGGGUAUCGGCAACCUUUGGUCACGAGAAGUGCGCAUGUGCCGUUAGAUCACAGGAAGUCGAUGCCGGAGCUCCAGCACGACAGGGCCCACUCGGCCUUCAAGGCGCCGACGCGGCCCACCGCGCCGUCGGUCUGGCCGACGGUCGAAGGCUUGCACCCCCAGAAGGCGGCCAGGCAGCUGGGGGCCGUGCCGAGACCGAAGCCCGAGAUGCGGCUGAUGCCGAAGGGCAGUGCGGAAGGAAGGAAUUACAACCAACAUUGGGUCAUUCAGGAAGCUGAAUUAAGGAGGAUCUCAGACCUACAGAAAAAUAUGGCUUCUAGUAAUAGAAAACAAGUUAGACAAUGUAUCCCCAGUCGACCAAUCAGUAAUGACCGGAUACAACAUCUGAACAGGCCAGACGGUAACUAUAAACAAGAAUUUCUGAAACAUUCUUAUGUGGGUCAUCAGCAGAUCAUCAACCAUGCUUCCCCGACAAUGACUUAUUCCCCACCAAUGGCAAUGGAUGGGCCUCAAGAAAGAAUACUGAGUGUGAGUGGAAAGAAGAAGUGUUCAUAUUGCGGAAACGAAUUAGGCAGAGGAGCAGCGAUGAUAAUCGAGAGCCUGUGCCUGUUCUACCACAUGGAGUGCUUCAAGUGCUGCGUGUGCCACCUGCAGCUGGCCGACGGGAUGAUAGGCACGGACGUCAGGGUGCGCAAUGAGAAGCUGCACUGCCACAACUGCUAUUCGAGCGACGACGGCGUCAAGUUCAGCAGGGUGUGA